AUGGAAGACAAACGUUUUGAGUUUAACGCGGAUUUGCCGUCGAUAAACAGCACGACGAGCAUUUCGGAUAAUUUGGCGCUCCGCAAUUAUUAUGAUAAAUUGCUGUUCAAAAAUAGCAGUGGCAAGUCUUUGACAGACUUGCCACGACAGGCGAUGCCCAGGGCACCAGCGGAACACCCCGAGACGCGGAACGUGGACUUUAUAAGCGGGCUAAGUUUUGGGAUCAGAGGCGCUGUUCAGCCACCGCUACAACAACAACAACAACAACAACAAAUUCGACAAGCACCACCACAGCAGCAACAACAGGAACAACAGAGCCCACAGUCGGUUUUCCGUGCUGUGCAGAUGACGCCCUCCAACUCGGAACCUUGGAGAGUGGCACCUGGAUUCCAAGUGGGCGAAGAGCGUGCCAAUUUGCAGGCCAUUACAUCCCAAUUCAGCAAGCCACCGCCAUACAUCUCGAGCCAGCUGAUGCCUCAGGUGCCUCCUCCAAUGGCUCCCGUGGCUUCAAUAACCGCUUCAGUCGGAGCAGCCAAUUCCCGCAACAAUAGCGUCGGCUCCUCAGGUUCUUCUGGCUCAACGUUGCUCACUUCUCCAACAAGUUACUACGCAGCACUAACACAACAACCAUUGAACCGCGUAGAUGCUCUUUCUCCAAAUAGCGCCGGAACAAUCCCAUUUCAGGCAUUUGACCAACAACCUCAGGUCCCACCUCUCAUGCACCAAACUGCGCAUCAAUUUUUGCAGCCACAUCAUCAACACUUCAACGCCGAUCGCAGAUCUUCUUACAUUUCUGAUACCCUUAUCCACAGCCCCAUGAGUUCAGAUCCCAAUGUCAUGCUUCCGUCGAACUUGGACCGCUUAUACACAUCUGCGAACGUGACAAACAAUCGCUACCUUCAGGCAUCUGGCAAAAGGCAAUCAAUGCCCAAAAUCAAUUAUAGAUCGGGGGAGUCUUAUAACUCUGUGGCUACCGCAGCUGGACAGCAGAAUGGCCCACACCAUUUAGACAAUGGGCUGGAACUAGUCAAUGGUCAAGUGGCGGCUUCUUCGGAGCUAAGGUCUUUAUAUCACGACUGCGGGAAAAAUUAUUUCUCUAGCAACGAAGCUUGCGAAUUUCUGGACCGUAUAAGGGAGUUUUUGUCAGGUUCGAACACAUCCGACCUAGCAGUUAAUAUCACCAAAUUCCUUAUCUUUUUGAAGAGUUCCAACUUGAACUACAAUCCUCAAUCGGACGCAUUUCUUUCCGGAAACGAAUCAAAGAGAAACGGUAGCACGAGCGCAUAUUUACACUAUAAGCCCUUGGUUUUGGUUGCAUUGAAAAAUGGAAAACUUGAGCUGUUAUCAAUUUCACAUACAACAAACCUGGCGAUGGAGCGUGAAGACUUGGUUGUGAUUGAUGGAGACCGCGGCAAGGAUCUGGCUAUAGUGAUCGAUCCUCAUGUCGAACUUGACCUUGCUUUGUUCAUCAACUUUUUGAAGAAGAAGAUUCAUUUUGACUCAUUGAUAACUAACAGAGAUCAGCACUUCCCUAACAGGGACUUUGUCAGGGCGCUUGUCGACACCAUUCAAGGCCACACAGACGAGCUGAACUCAAAACUCUACGACGUUAUUGAACUCACGCAGCUGAUCAUUCCUUCAAAGCAGGUGCUACGUUUUGCCACAUCUUGGGAGGUCACCACAAACCUACACAAUAAGUUUCAGGACGAAUUGAAGGCGCUGCACAUUGCACAGUUGAAGCUAAAAUCCUUAAACAGUGGAUUAUCGCAUCAUCAGCACCAGCAGCCACGCUCGAAUUUGAACAUCAAGAUUCUAAACGCGGAGUUUCAGUUCGACCGCAAGAAGCUGACAUUCUACUAUGUGUGCCAAGAAAGAAAUGAUUUUAGAGAGUUGAUCAAGGAGCUUUUUAAGUUUUACAAAACCAGGAUAUGGUUGUGCGCCAUACCGAACAACCUGGACAUUGAGUCCAAGUACUACGAUAAACAAUUGAAAGAAAUCAAAAUGUAUCAGUCUAUGAUGCAACAUUUCUCCGGAGAAGACACCCUUGAUAAUGGACCAGGGUCCGGGUUUAUUGUUGCUCCGGCGCUGAACUCGAUCUCGCUGGAUAAUUUUCAAAUUGGGGUUUACAAAGAACUUGUUAAUGACUUAUUCGCACAGAGAUAG